AUGCAAGACGAAGAAAAACCCAGAAGCAUCGUAGAAGUGGAAUACAUGAACAUCACUAACGAAAACUCAUGGCCCGUGAUUUACCAGAAAAUCGGAAAGGAAAGUCUAGCACAUGGAUAUACUUGUAACGAAGCAAGAAAAGCAGAAAACAAACAUCUUAACAGAUACAGAGAUGUAAAUCCGUAUGAUCAUAGCAGAGUUAUCUUACAACGGUGUGACGGAGAUUAUAUCAAUGCCAAUUAUGUUAAGUUGGAUCGUGCAAACCGCAAAUAUAUACUAACUCAGGGACCACUAAAGUUUACCGUUAAUCACUUCUGGUCAAUGGUAUUUCAUGAAAAAAGUAAGGCAAUCCUCAUGUUAAACAAGCUGUUUGAAAAGAAUGAAGUAAAAUGCCACCAGUAUUGGCCAAAUCAGUUUAAUGCUGUAUGUUCUUUAAAGGAGGUGAACCUAGAAAUAACCUUUACUAGUGUAGAGAACUUUGGUUAUUACAUAGUUCGCAAAAUUUUGCUUCAUGACACAAUCACCUUAGAAUCCCGAGUGGUGCUUCAGUUUCACUAUAUAACAUGGCCAGAUUUUGGAGUGCCGAGUUCCCCAAAAAAGUUUUUAGACUUUUUGAAGGCAGUGAGGGCGUCUGGUGCUUUGGAACCCGAUUGUCCUGCCAUUGUACAUUGCAGCGCUGGCAUAGGACGCUCUGGAACUUUCUGUUUAGUAGAUUCGUGUCUUGCAAUUAUGCAAAGGGACGGACAGGAUACCGUCAAUAUACAGGAAAUCCUUAAAGAGCUGCGCCAAAGCCGCAUGGGGCUGAUCCAGACGCCUGAUCAACUACGCUUUUCGUAUCAGGCUAUUAUCGAGGGCUUGAAGAGACUCGCUCCAGAUUACUCGGAAGAGGAUUCGUCACAUAUAUACGCUGCGGUGCCUGAAGAAGCAGAGGAAGCGGGUGGGAGUGAAAUAACACCACCCCCACCGCCACCCAGGGGAGAGAGCUUAGGCAAAAGUGAUGCUGUUGAGUUCAGACCCCUGCCUCCGAUACCCACUAGCACCUCACUUGAUCUUUCUAUCAUUCUAUGUUAA